CUGCAUAAUGACUUGAGAUAUUGCGAUGCGCGAUGGACGAUGCGUUGACUCGUUAAGAAGACUUGCCGAAUCACUAUCUAUCCAAGACAGAUCGAAAUUAAGCAACGGUGCGUCGUGCGGCGUGCGGCGUGCCUGGCCAGCUGACUCCAAGGCGCUCUCCGCCUCAAGCAUGGCGAUCGUUUACUUAAUCGGGCCAAGUGGCCGCAAAUUCAACGCAGCAACCAGGCAACGAUUUCCCAUAUCUUAGGCCGUCUACCAGUACAGAGUAGAAAAGUCAAUUACGCUGUACAAAACACGGAGG